AUGAAGAAAAAACGUCUCGUCACAUCGGCGCUACCUUAUGUUAAUAAUGUUCCACACCUUGGUAAUCUUAUUCAAGUGUUAUCUGCGGAUGCCUACGCUCGUUAUUCGAGAAGCAAGGGGCAUGAGACGCUCUAUAUUUGUGGCACAGAUGAAUACGGCACAGCCACAGAAACAAAAGCAUUAGAGCAGGGAAUAAGCCCUCAAGAACUAUGUUCAAAGUACUAUAACAUCCAUAAGGAGAUAUAUAAGUGGUUUGAAAUUGGUUUUGACAGGUUUGGAAGGACUUCCACUCCCCAGCAAACACAGAUAGUGCAGAGCAUUUUUUGGAAUUUGCAUACAAAUGGAUAUAUAGAAACAAAAACAGUAGAGCAGUUUUAUUCUGAAAAAAGCAAGAUGUUUCUUGCAGAUCGUUACAUUAUGGGGACCUGCCCUAAGUGUGGAUAUCAGCAAGCUCGCGGAGAUCAAUGUGAAGAUUGCGGGUCGCUACUUGACCCCACUCAACUUAUAAACCCCCUGAGUAAAAUUGAUAAUACAAGCCCCGUAUUAAGAAGUAGCACACAUCUGUAUAUUAAUCUCCCUAAGAUACGUCCUAUGCUUGAGAAAUGGCUCAAUACGAAAAAGCAUACUUGGUCGCAUAAUGCUAUAAAAAUGACCGAAGCUUGGAUGAGAGAUGGUCUAAAAUCGAGAGCAAUUACUAGAGAUCUUAAAUGGGGCAUUCCCGUGCCCCUGGAGGGGUUUACCGACAAGGUAUUCUAUGUAUGGUUUGAUGCACCUAUUGGGUAUAUAUCUAUCAGUGCCUGCCAUAGCGAUGCAUGGAGAGAGUGGUGGAACAAGCCAGAGGAAGUUGAGCUUGUGCAGUUUAUUGGUAAAGACAAUAUUCCUUUUCAUACGGUUAUCUUUCCUGCUUCACUUUUAGGGAGCGGUGAAACGUGGACCUUGCUUCAUAGCAUAUCCUCCACAGAAUAUCUAAACUACGAAGGGGGCGCCUUCUCUAAGAGCAUGGGGAGGGGCGUUUUUGGUAAUGAUGUAGUGGAAAUUGGUCUAGAUGUAGACAUAUGGCGUUUUUAUCUCUUUUUUAAUAGACCCGAGAAUUCGGAUUUUACUUUUACUUGGCGAGAUUUCCAAGAAACAAUCAACUCAGAGCUAAUAAAUAAUUUUGCAAAUUUUGCUCAUAAAUUCUUGCGUUCCACCAUAAGUAUAUUGGAGAGGAACUUGUGCAGGAGGAUAUAUUUCCCACUGAAAGUGAGAAAAUAUGGGCAGAUAUACAAAAAAAAGAAGCAGAGAUAG